UACACCAUAAAACCUCAGCUUUCGUCAACAACCAAAACCCAUAUGAUUUCUCAACUGGCAUUAAGGUUUAAAAAGUUCCUUUGUUUUUUGGGUCCGAGUUUGGUCGCACUGGUGGCGGUUCCUGUGCGAAAUUUUGCUGAUUGUCUGAAGUUUCCGUUCACAACUCCAUCAGUCCAUUAGCUUUGAAUUUCAAAUCCAUAGACACUGAGCCAGCAUUGAUGAGUUUGAUGACUGAUGAUAUACACCAAAGUCGAGAACUGAUUCUCAAUAAUUUUUCCCCACAUCUUUGAACCACAUAACUACUUGAGCAAAAGCUGCAACAAAUAUUGAAAACCAGUGUGGUUUGAACUUUGGGUGGGUUGCUUAUCUUUCUUUUUCCAUGGCCAACCUGAUUCGCGCAAAUGUGGACAAUGAAAUGGUCAAAGCUGUUGCUGCAGUUGUCUUCAAGGGGCACUGGGACAAUCUUUUGAAGCCUAAGAUCGGUUCAUUUGUGACUUCCACCACUAUUAGCCAAGCUCUUCUUCAUAUAUCGCAAUAUUAUUUCUCCCUCUCAUGGUCAUUCUUUCAGUGGGCUGAAUCAGUUCCCAAUUACAAGCAUUCGUUGCAAUCCUCUUGGACUAUGAUUUACAUACUCACCAAACAAAAACACUUCAAAACUGCACAAGACAUGCUUCAGAAGGUGGCGGUCAAAAACUUUUUAUCAUCACCGACAGUUCUGAAUGCGUUUGUGAGAUCUAAUAUGAAUAAUGAUGUGAACUCACAUCUUUUAAGUUGGUUGGUGAUAUUCUAUGCUAAUUCAAAACUACCCCAUGAUGCAAUUCAAGUUUUUGAGCAUAUGAGGGUUUGUAAGCUUAUGCCCCAUACACAUGCUUGUACUACCCUUCUGAAUUCAUUGGUCAAGGAUGGGUUGACUGAUACUUUGUGGAAAAUUUACAAAAAGAUGCAAAAAAUAGGGGUCCUUCCGAAUAUCUAUAUCUAUAACGUGCUUAUGCAUGCCUGUUGCAAGUCUGGUGAUGUAGAGCGGGCUGAUGAUUUAUUGAGAGAAAUGGAGUUUAAAGCUACACUGCCUGACCUUUACACUUAUAACACAUUGAUAUCAUUGUACUGCAAGAAAGGCAUGCAUUAUGAAGCUUUGUGCGUGCAGGAUAGGAUGGAAAGAGCAGGAGUAUGUCCUGAUAUUGUAACCUAUAAUUCCUUAAUUUACAGUUACUGCAGGGAAGGGAGGAUGAGGGAGGCUUUGAGACUUUUCAAGGAAAUUAAAGGUUCUACCACUAACCUGGUUACUUACACCACAUUGAUAGAUGGAUAUUGCAGAGCCAACAAUGUUGCUGAAGCUUUAAGAUUGAAAGACGCAAUGGAGGCAAAGGGUUUGUAUCCUGGGGUUGUUACUUACAACUCAAUUCUUCGGAAAUUGUGUGAGCAAGGCCAGAUGAAGGAUGCAAAUAUACUAUUAAAUGAAAUGAAUGAGAAGAAAGUCAUACCUGAUAAUGUGACUUGCAACACUUUGAUUAAUGGUUACUGCAAGAUCGGGGAUAUGAAAUCUGCUCUUAAGGUGAAAAAUAAGAUGUUGGAAGGUGGACUAAAACCUGACCGCUUCACUUACAAUGCUAUGAUUCAUGGAUUUUGUAAAGUAAAGGAUACAGAUGGGGCCAAAGAAGUAUUAUUUGACAUGGUUAGGGUUGGACUUUCUCCUAGCUACUGCUCAUAUUCGUGGCUUGUGGAUGCUUACUGCCAUCUGAAUAAUGAGGUAGCGGUUGUCUCAUUGCCAGAUGAGUUUGCAAGAGGAGGUCAUCUUGUUGAUGUUUCCUUUUAUAGGGCAAUUAUAAGGAGGUUGUGCAGGAGAGGUAAAAUUGAUGGUGCUGAAAAAGUUUUCCACAUUAUGCAAACAAAUGGAGUGCUUGGAGACAGUCUAAUAUAUGCUACUCUUGCAUAUGCUUACUUUAUGGUAGGGAAGGUUGAUGCUGCGUCAUAUUUGUUAGACGACAUGUACAAAAGAAGGCAAAUGAUAACCCUAAAAAUGUACAAAAGUUUUAAUGCUUCUUACUCUGAUGAGAAUACCCUUUUAGAUAUGUUUUGGAGUAAUGUGGUGCAAAGAGGUCUGAUUUCCAGAACUGUUUACGAUGAAAUCCAGUCAUGCAAUUCUUAGAUAUCUGGCUUGUGCAUUUCCAGGAAUUGCAGAUCAUUGUGGCAGCAGCUCUUUGGAAUAUGUUUAUUUCAAUUGCUGGUAUCAACUGGAUUGUCCGGCGAAGUGUCAAAGAAGUAGUUGGUUGGAGUCUUAGAGAAGUUGAUAGCCCCAUCAAGAAGACCUGGCAGAUGACUCCAUCAUUUAUUUUUUGGUGUAUUUGGAAGGAAAGGAAUCUCAGAUGUUUUGAUGGUACCCUGCUGACUUAUACAAAAGAGCAAAGGUAGACUCUGUGUUGGAUUGGCAUCACUCAAACUUGCGUAGGGGUACAGCUGGAUGUAUCUUUGAUACUGUUCUCGCUCCUGCUUUUGGGUUGACUUUGAAUCCACAAGCAGCAGCAGAAGCUGAGAAAGUCCUUUUGGCAUCUCUUGCAAAUAUCUAGUCUGUUUGGCUCCAGAGAAAAGGACGGUUUUUGCUUGGGAGUGGCCAACCUUCAAUUGCAGAUCUUAGCUUAGUGUGUGAGAUUAUGGAACUUGAGAUGGAAUUGUUGAGGGAAAAAAUGGAAGGACUGUCAAAGGGUAUGUUAGAUAGAAAGGGGAAAUAAUAUGAGACAAUACUUUCAAGCACAACAAACAAUUCAGUUGCCAGUUCAGCUGCAACUUCCUAGAGAAUUGACCCUUUUACCUUUCUCUACAAGACAACAACCAUCUCAGGACGUGAUGCCACUCGAGGAGAACAAAUGCUCAGGGAAUUGCAAGGCUAUAGUGCGAAGGAUAGUAGAACAAGAGCUGAAACUGAGCAAUGGCCACAAAUGCAGGAAAUGCUGCAGCAAGUGAGAGGGGAGAAGGAAGAACUUCAGGCUUCUCGUAAUUUCUGGGAAAACCCAGCCCUUGACUUUCCUCGUGAAAUCCAAUCUUUACAGUCCUCUUUAAGAAUCUGGUUCUUGGUUUCCAAUGAUAAGUUUGAUGAAAUAAGUUUUGAUUUGAAACAGUUCACUAUAUUAUUUCUUCAAAAGUAUCUCAUUUACUUUUCACUUGAUCCGAGGCUCUUUCGGAAACAAUCUCUCUACCUCCACGAGGUACUGGUAAGGUUUGCAUACACUCUAUCCUCCCCAGACAUCACUUUGUGGGAUUGUGGGAUUUCACUCGAUAUGUUAUUUUUGUUAUCUCAUUUUCUUUGCUUUUAUAGGUGGAAGAAUGGAAAGGCAAAUCACAAGCAUUUGAAACCAAAGCAAAGGAUAUACAGUGUGAAUUAACUGCAGCAAAAGACAAGCUGGAAAAAUCAAGGACAGAGAAAUCUACGGCACAUGAUCAGAGAGAGGUAACAUCUACCCCGAAUUCACCUUUGUUGUCAUUAGCCAAGCAAAUUGAGAAGGAAAAACGUGUGUUGGUUUGUCGGUUGAAAAAAUGCCAUUCAGAAGUUGCAAAAACAAAGAGGUGUUGAAGUGAUUUCAACAAAAGAUUUGCCACCUGUUUCUCUUGGGAAACAACUAAAGAAGGAAAAGUGCAUGUUUAUGCAUUGUCUGAAGUAAAAUCGCGGAGCCAAUGACAGGAGUGGUAGAUCAGAACUUUCUUCUGUUGGGAUAAGAAAAGAACAUUCUUGCAGCAAAAAAUCAGGAGUACUAAAAAGGCCACCAUUUAGAGAUGUUGGGAAUUCAUCACCAUUAUUGGUGAGGCAAAAUAGUAAAGCAGUUUACCCUUUGCACAGCCCUUAAAGCUAAGUAAGCCAAAUGUCUCUUUGUCUUGGAAGUUUUGUGAUGUUAUUUGUCUUCUUCAAGUGAUUAUUUGCUUAGUAUUGAUUGGUGCAAGCCUUUUGUAGAGCAAACAGUUUUGGUAGUAAUAAGAGUAUUUGCAUUGUUAAUUUUGCUA